AUGUUAAUGAUUUUAAACUAUAUUUUGAGUUUAUUUAUUAUUAUUAUUUUUUAAAAACAAAAGUUCACGUGGUUUGUAAAAUGACUUUAGCGCAUUUUUGUCUUAAUUGUAUUGGAUCUUACUAUUCCGCAUUGUAUUGUAUAAGGAAGUUUAAUCGACAAACUGUUUUUAUUUUUCUUUUAAAAGGAGCUAUCUUGCUUGAAGGAAAACAAGGCAUAAAUUUUGCAAUGGUUUUCAUUAGUCUUCAGAUUUCUUGUCAAUUUGAAAACAUAGAAGAAAUCAAGACUGAUUCUAGCUAUUCUUAUUUCUUAAAAUUGAGAUGUAAUAAUUGUGGAGAGUCUGAUGAUAUUUGGCACGACAUUUGUGAAGAGGAAAGGACUCAACAUGAUACACGUAACGCAAAAGGCUAUAAUAUGAUAAUAAAAUGUAAAAUGUGUUCACGUGAAAAUACCAUAGACAUUGUUGAAGAUUCCAAAAAAAGCUAUGUUGAGGAUGACACCGGGAAAUUGAAAUCGAUUGUAACAUUUGACUGUCGAGGAAUAGAGCCAAUAGAUUUUGAUCCUCGUGAAGGUUUUAUUGUGAAAUCUUCCGAUAAUGGAACAACAUUUGAUAAUGCUGAAAUCGAGAAUGGAGAUUGGUGCGAUUUUGAUGAGAAAAAUGGGAAAAGUGUAGCAAUUUCAGAGUUUAAGUCAAAUUUUGUUAAAGUCAAAGGUACCAAAAAGUAA